GAGGGCUGCUGGCCCUUUAAGAGGCGCAGCAGGGAGGGGGGGUCGGAGCAUCUUGGCUGCGGUGUUUUUGUCUCCCGUCAGUGAGCGCUCCUGGGCCGAGAAGGUUGAAAGGAUUUCUAGAGAGGGACCAGGUGUUGACUGUUAACGGGAAAGAGAAGGGAAGAAGAGCGAGGAGCCUGGGGAGGAGAGAUCCCAUCCUCACAGCGCAAGCAGCUGGUGAGAGUUUGUGUGACUGAAAAGCAGCUGCUGGUUCAUCAUGGCUCAAGUGCUGCACAUGGACCCCGGUUUCCCAGGGAAACUGAACUCGCCUGCUCCUCCAACACUGCACACCAAAGAACAGGAGGCGCCCUACUCAGUGGAGACCCCCUAUGGCUACCGUCUGGACCUGGACUUCCUCAAAUAUGUUAACGACAUAGAAAAGGGGAACACUAUUAAAAAGGUGCCUAUACAACGCCGGCCACGGUAUGGCUCCCUGCCUCGGGGCUAUGGCUACGCCGGCUCCUGGUGGACCUCCACAGAGUCUCUGUGCUCCAAUGCAAGCGUGGAGAGCAGGCAUUCCUCUUAUUCUUAUUGUGCCCCAGGCUACCACACAUCACAGAGACCCAGCUUUAGUACAGCUCGGGUCGAGAAGACCCUUUUAGAUGCUCGCAGGAAGUUGGAGGAGGAGAAAGAAGGAAGGAGAUUCUCAAACCUUGGCAGCAUGAACAACAGUGUUGCAGGCUCCAACACCUCACUCAGCAGUGCACACAGCUUCAACCGGGCACAUGGUGGGGGUGGAGCCUAUACCCCUAUGAGCUCCGGCCUGUCAACACCAGUGACUCCGACCCCUGCACAUUUACAACAUGUCAGAGAGCAGAUGGCUGCAGCCCUCAGGAAGAUAAAGGAGCUGGAGGAGCAGGUGAAAACCAUCCCUGUACUCCAAGUUAAAAUUUCUGUUCUGCAGGAGGAGAAAAGGCAACUUAGCGUCCAGCUGAAAAGCCAAAAGUUCCUCGGACACACCCUGGGUUUUAGCAGAGGUCGACAACGUGGGGAGCUGUACAUCGACAUUCCUGAGGAGGAGGUUGGCACAGGAGCUAAAAGCCCCAACAUGACAGCAGAGCCAUUGUCUCCCACUGAAGUCUCUAAGCAGGAUUCAGGCUGUGAAAUUGAGGACACAGUGAUUGUGGGUGGAGCACGACCAGGUGCUAAGCGAGAAGUUCGCACCAUCGGAGUUGGACCAGAGGGAUCAAGAGGCAGUCGUGAUGUGGGGGUCUGGGUUCAGGAGAAAGAUCUGGGACUUCUCCCUGAGGCAGAGGUGCUCAAAGAUCAAGUAGGUCAGCUUGAGGGCAAGCUAAAGAGGACUCUGCAGGAGCUCCAGGCUGCACAGCUGCAAAAAGCCCCUAAGGCCGAGCAUCCGGUUAUGGCAACCAGCAUGGGGUGGCAGGAACCGCAAGGCAGCAGUCUGCACACUCUGGUCAGCUUCACACAGCAGCCACAACAGAGGGAACAGAGAACUGUGGGGAUCCAGGUGUACACAUUGGAAAAGCCUACUGUGGUGGAGGUGGGCACGCUGCUUCGAGCAGAGACCUGCAGCUCUCCCUCACCUCAACCAGCCACUGGAGUUGCAGAGGGUCACCACAAAGGAGCAAAUGAAGCUCCCGUCGAGUUACCGAUUGCAGUCAGCUUCAAGCAGGUUCGUGAUGUCCUGAAAAGUGGGCUGUCCACCUCUGUACCUGUCAGUAAUCCUGCCAUCGUCAUAGCGUCUAGAGAUCAGAUUGGUUUGGUGCAAACCCAAGAAGAGUCUCACGAGGGCUUUUCUAAAGCAGCCUCAUCUCCCCAGUCCUCUCUGAGAUCAAUUAUGAAGCGGAAAGCAGAAGGUGAACCAGGCUCCCCCUCUACAAAGAAAAACCUGCAGUUCAUUGGAGUCAAUGGAGGCUAUGAGUCCACCUCGUCAGAUGAUAGCAGCAGUGAGAGCUCAGAUGAUGGGAGUGACUCCAGUGAAUAUCAUGAAGCCAGAGAAAAAUUUCCAGAGUCCAACAGCCAGCACCAGCACAUACUCAUUAAUAAGACUUCCAAGUUCCGAGAAGAAAGCACCAGUGUACCUCAACAAACUGCCAUAACAACACCAGCUAUAACCCACUUGCAGCAGAGCUCCAGCCAGUCUGCAGCAAUGGAUACAAAACUGUCAGAUAAAGCUCCCCAGUCGCCAGCAACUGACUCUGUGGAGCAAAAAUGUGCCUCCCAAACUUCAACGACAAACUCCACCUCAACUUCUCCAGCCAUGCAUUCUGCCUCCACUGUGGACAAGUUAACAGAGAAGCACACCGUCACCUUGGAGAUCGCUUCCACAGCACCUAACGGGGGAUCUGCAACAAACACCACUAAGUGUUCUUCAACAUGUGUCACCAAAUCUCCAGAGGUCAACUCUCAGUCGGAAACAUCUACCACCUCCUGUCAGUCAGAGUCCAAAGCAGCAGCUGAGAGUAUUAAACAGGACUCUUCUAAACCAGUCAGGCUGGAGCUGAGUGAAAGUCUGAUGUCGGCUCUGUAUACUCUACAGAAAGCCCUUGGGGAGCCCAAUGCUUUCAGCCAACAAUCAGCACGGACAGCCUACACCACCGUCCUACAGGAGUGGCUACGUGUGUCCUGUCACAAAGCAGCCAACACAGCGGUUGUCAAGGCCUACAUGGACACAUUUAACUCCAUCUCCCCUCAGCUGCUGGAAUUUGUAAUCAACAUGGCAGACGGCAAUGGGAAUACGGCGCUCCACUACACUGUCUCUCACUCCAACUUUCCUGUGGUGAAGCUCCUGCUGGACACAGGUCUGUGCAAUGCUGACAAGCAGAACAAGGCAGGCUACACAGCCAUCAUGUUGACGGCUUUGGCUGCUUUUCACUCAGACAGUGACCUCCAGACUGUCCUGCAGCUGCUGCGCACAGGGGACGUCAACGCCAAAGCCAGCCAGGCUGGGCAGACGGCACUGAUGCUCGCAGUGAGUCAUGGACGAGGGGACAUGGUUCGGGCGCUGCUGUCUUGUGGAGCUCAGGUCAACAUCAGAGAUGAUGAUGGCUCCACUGCACUCAUGUGUGCCUGUGAGCACGGUCAUGUGGACAUUGUUCGUCAGCUACUCUCUGUCCCAGGCUGUGAUGCAACUCUCACUGAUAAUGAUGGCAGCACUGCUCUGUCCAUCGCCCUGGAGGCCAGUCAGAACGACAUUGCUGUACUUCUCUAUGCUCACCUUAACUUUGCAAAGCCUCCAUCACCUGUGUCACCGAAGUCUCCUCUCUUGGGUUCCUCUCCUCCAUCUGGGGAACCAAAAUAAAUCAUUCCAGCAGCUCCCCAGCUGCUCCAUUCAUGUUUCUCCUUCCAUGUAAUUAAGAUAACCAGUGGGUUUGUUCACGUAGUUGUUUCAUUCAGAUUUUUUCUUGGUACAUUGCCUUGUGCAUAUAAUAAUUUCUUAAACCAUUGACAUAUUUAAUUUCUUUCCGUCUUUGUUGACUUUUAAAUCCUCAGUUAUGGUAGGGAGUAUACAGUAGAUAGUCUCAUCAGUCUACCAAUUUUACAUUUCUGUCCUCUACACUGUUUGUGGUGGCACUUACAAGUCAAAACUGCUAACCAAACUUCAUUAAUUUCAUUAUUGUCAGUCAUUUUCUGAUUUUAUUUAUAAUCUUUUUCAUUUUAAAUGUUUUCAGGGGCAAAGCUCCUGCAGUAGCAUCAUUAUUUGUGACAAUUACUGCCAUUUGGAAAAGGAAAAGCCAGGCCUACCAUAGAUAAGUGUCCUUGCAUCAACUCGCUCAUUGGUGCUACUAAAUAAAAAACACAAAAACCCAACACCAUAUUAUGUCCAUAUUUCUACACAGGAUUUAUUUUCACAGGAUUUAUUUUUAUAUAUAUAUUUUUUUGUUCUGAACUCAUUCAGGACCUUUAAUAAUUAUGAUUUUUUUUUUUUCUAUCUGAGGAAGAGGAAAAAUUAUUACCAGCGGAUGAAUACAAACUGUAUGCAUUGGCAAAUUGUACCAAAAGAUUUGUCUUUUCCCUCGUCUGCAAGAUGGUGUGUAAUACAUGGUUGUUUUUUUUAUUUAUAAUAAGAAAGAUAAAUCCUCAGCAGUGAUAAGGAGAGAUUGGAUUGUAUCUGUUUAUGCAACGUGUGAUUGUAAGUCUAACUGGGUUAAAUAGUGACUAAAAGCGCUAGAGAAGCUUGUCAGGGAAACAGGAGGUGAGCAUUCAGAGUCUUUAAAAGUGUUUCUCAUGUAAGAUAUAAAUCCUGAAAUAAUAUAUGUCAACACAAACUCUGAAUGAUUAUGCAUAAAGUCUAACUCAACAGAAGUGCAUUGGUUGUUGAUGUCCAGAUGUCUUUUACUUUUAAAGGAUUUUUUCACCUUUUUCAGAUCCACUUUUUAGUGAAGACUUUUGAUAAACUUUGCUGUUUUUAAUUUAAAUAUCUAUCUUUUUUAUACAUAUAGAACCUUUAACCUCACUCCAAGUAUGUAAUAGCACAGCUCUGUUGGUUUUCUGCUGGUUUCUGUAAAUUAUAGACCUCUGUAAUAUGUGCGUUUGAAAAAAUACAAACACAUUUACUUAAUAAAUGUGCAACACGUUUGUCUUCUAUUCA